UGACGUGCGCGUGUCGUCGGCAUACACACUGUGUCACUGUUGGUCGUGUAAAAUACCAUUUUCUUUUAUUUCUAUCUUUUUUUUAAAAAAUAAAAUGGAAGUUGGGAAGCCGGAAGAUGACAUACUUGACAGUCUGGAUGAUCUAGGCUAUGAGGGUCCUGCUCAGGAUGUGACUCUUUUCAAUAAAGCCAUUGAAGGAGGGCCAAGCUCAGUGGAAUUCACUGGUCUCAUUAGCUGGCUGGCUGAAAGACUCCACAAUCUGAGUGGUAUAGAAAACACAGUUUCUACAACAUCAUCUGCUGAUGAGGCAGAGUCCUUUGAAUUGGAACUGAGCAGUCUACUGAGUGAGUUGAACUGUCCGUAUAGCGCCCUCACACAGGGAGAAAUGAUCAACCGAUUCGGCAAUCAACAGAACCGGCUACGAGUCCUUGAUUUCCUAACCAGCGAACUGCAAGCAGCCAAGAUUAUCGCUAGUCGUCCCAAAAAAGUGGAAGCCAUGGAGGUGGAUAAAGAGUGCGGCUGGCAUGUCUCCAGUCAACAUCUAAGAAACAUCUGCAAGAGUCUGAAACUGAGUAAGCCACCAGCUGGCGUGACUGACAUCCAACUGUUUAAUAAGAUCGAGGACGAGAUUCGGACGACGAUCGGCAAGGCGGGGCCGGGCGUGGUCGGCAAGCCAAUUCUUAAGAAGAAACUCAGCGAGCAGCAAUGGGCUAAACUUGGGAAGAUAAAUGAGCGCAUGAGGAAAGAGUACACCCUCCGGAGGCAGAUGUUGCUGAAGCGCCUGGAUGUUACAGUACAGUCCUUCCAGUGGUCAGAACGUGUCAAGGGUAAACUACAGAAUGACCUAGUUGCGGCAUACCGACCCAAGCGUAGCAAUUUACUUGCUGACAGCCCCGUUACCAUAGCAAACCUCAUGGCUGCUAGGGAAGAACUGGCUAAGCUGAGGAAAACUAGCAGUGGGUCUGUCAGAACAAAUACCAAAUGCGCCAUUAAUAAAGUCAUCAUGGGCCAUGUGCCUGAUAGAGGAGGGCGCCCUCUGGAGGCCACCCCACCAGCUAGAGAUAUGCCGUCUUUCCGAAAGAGAACAGAACAGCCCAAGGCUCAACGCCCUCAAGGUGGACAGGGUGGCAGAGGGGAUAAAGUACAAGGAGGAUGGUCAGCAGGAGGAAGAGGAGGCCAAGGAGGAGGGGGCAGAGGAAGGGGAUGGAAGCAGCAAGGGGACACCUCCAAUAGCCGGAUGUACCAGCAAGGAGGUAAUCAAGGGGCUGACAGGGGUGGGCAGCAGGGCGGGUACCAGGGCGGAGGUGGUGGGUACCAAGGUGGGGGUGGUGGGUAUAACCAGGGUGGGGGUGCUGGGUAUAACCAGGGUGGGGGUGCUGGGUUUAACCAGGGUGGGGGUGCUGGGUAUAACCAGGGAGGGGGCUACCAGGGAGGGGGCGGGGGCUAUCAGGGUGGAGGUGGGUACCGGGGUGGGGGUGGAGGAACCCAGGGUGGGGGCUAUCAGGGAGGUGGGGGAGGGCAUAAACGAGGGGGCAGAGGUAGAGGAGGAAAGAGAUAAAUUGGGAGUAUUUAAAAAGCUACAAUCACGAACUCGCAGGCUUCAAAUGCUAUUAAAUGGUUAUACGGUUUGUUAGUUAUGUAAUAAUGUCAUCUACAUGUACUUCAGCAGAAGUUUGUAAAAGCGACUGUGUAGGUUUUUAAGUGCCCCAUACUGAACCACUCUCAACACCACAAGUUACAUUUAUGAAAUAAACAAGAUUAUUAAUAGUUGUAGUGGAAGUUGGCAACCUGCAUAGAAACGAUGCAUGAAAACCAACCAGUGAGCAUCAUUGAUCUACAUGUUGUAUUAAAGAAAGACAGUUAGGCUGUUCAAAGUCUUGAUCUGUGAGGCUGCAACUUAUACGCCCGUGCCGCAUUCGAAGAUAGACAACUGACUCAACUUUAGGUGGAGAAGUGGACUGUAGUAACCUCGCGCAAAAUCACUAUACAGAUCGAGUGAAUAAUACUUAUUCAUAAACAGCACCCUCUUCUGUUGAAACACUGUAUCAAUGUCAAAAAGUAUGUAAAUUAUUUUGAGAGUCUUGUAGCCAAGACUAGGCUGGGUGAAGCAGGGAGGGUCCAUUGUAAUCCACAUUAGUGUCGUACAAAAUCACUCUACAGAUUGAGUAAAAGCUUGAAUACUUACUCAUAUACACAGCGCCCUCUUUAGGUGAAACAUAUCCAUGUAAAAAGUAUGCAGUUGAUUCAGUCUUGUAGCCAAGACUAGGCUGGGUGAAGCAGGGAGGGUCCGUGUCCCAUCUUUGAAACUUGUACUUAACAGACAAGAUUAUUAUCCGGGUUUUGAUUUACUCACUUGAUAAUGUAGGCCUAUUCAAAACACAACCUUUGAUACUGUAUGUAAAUCAAAUAACCUGUAUCUCACUCACUUAAGCCCGUUUCACACUGUAUCUCGUAUCCCAUGGAAUACAGCCUUGGGGAGGACUCGGGAGUUUUGUUUACCCCGGUGCACUUUCACAAUGUCCCUGCCUAGGUUCCUAUCCAACAGGGUCCUGGUUGCACAUUUCAAGAAUAACCCAGAGUUUUACUGCGUAACCCUACUCCAGAGCAGGGGUGGAUAUUCCCCGGGCUAUGCCCAUUUGCCGGGGUAGAUCAGGGGUAAAGCGAUCCAAGUGUGAACAGGCUGGCCUUUAUUCCCCUGUGGUUCCCCCAGGGAAUAGAGAAGUGUGAAAAGGGCUUAAGUGUAUGCAAACGAGGAAGUGAUAAAUCAUUCUUAAUAAUGAGUAGCUUAGACAGCCAUUGAAAAGUUUUAUUUUUCAGCUUGCAUGGUCACCGCAAAAGUAAUCAACAAUGUUAUCAGAUUUAUUGGCAUUCAUAUUAAAUUGAUGGUUAAUA